UCUUUGAUGGCGCUCUGGUAUGACAGUCGUGUCAGCAGACUCAGCUUUACGUACCGGCAGGUUUAGGUUCCUGACUAAUUUCAGCUUUAUUCUGUGUUAUCGAUAAUAUAAUGGCAGCAUUGUUAUUUAUCUGUUUCGUAGCAAUCUUUUUUAUCUCUAGGCCCGCCAAUCCUUUGCGUUUAUGUAUGUGUAUAUUUUCGGCUCUAGAUUGUAUUGUCAAUUAAGUUGAUUGUUGAAUUUUCAAGGUAUAGUAGAGUAAUAUAAGUUAUUGCAAAAUGAAUCUGGAGCAGGCGGAGAAUCCCUUGGAGGAAUCUAGUGUAACAAUGGUUGAUGUGUUGCAAGAGGAACACGAGUUGGAAGAGGAGUAUAAUGCAGUGCUCGGUGCGUCCGACGAAAAAUGCUGCACAUAUGCGCAGGGUCCUAUUAAACGACAGGCUCUUUACUCUUGCCUGACCUGUUGCCCAGAAACUCGCACAAAUUUGAACAAAUGUGCCGGGAUAUGUUUGGCUUGUUCUUAUCGUUGUCACGAAAAUCACGAGCUUAUUGAGUUAUAUACUAAGCGUAAUUUUCGUUGCGAUUGUCCCACGGAACGCUUUUCAAGUCAGCAUCGGUGUUUACUCAAUACAGGAUUGACCGAACUGCAAGCAAAGAAUUCAGAAAAUUUGUAUAAUCAAAACUUCCAGGGCUUGUACUGCAAAUGUCAUCGACCAUACCCAGAUCCAGACCGGACAACCGACGAAGUGAUGCUGCAAUGUACUGUAUGCGAAGAUUGGUUUCAUUUGCAUCAUUUAGCCGUGUCAAAAUCGGCAGCCAACCUGGUAGAGGCCGAAGCUUGUGGUGAAAUGAUCUGUGGUGACUGCAUGCAGAAGCAUCAAUUCUUACAAGACUACACAGGACUGGCUCUAAAAGUUAUUGAUGACUCAGAUGAAUCGACGGCUAAUAUAACAGUAACUGAAGAAACUUCUGUAGGCGGGGAUAAUGACAACAAAUUGCGUUCAGAUCUCGAUAAGAGCAUAUCGGAAAUAAUGAAUAUGAAUGGGGACGGAAAGGCAACACCAGAAGAAACCGUACAAUCAGAUAGUGAACCACAUGCAUGCGAUGAAGAAGCUUCUGAUGAUUCAGUUCCGAAAGCAAAACGACAAAAGAUCGAAAACCAUCAAGAAGCAGUAGAAGCAGUAAAUGAAAAUACAGAAGAGCCAUGCCGACGUCCUAAAAGAAAGCAACUAUACGAAGAAGGUGCUACAUUUUGGGGUAAUGACUGGCGUACAGCAUUGUGUCAAUGUUCUCAGUGUUUGACUCUCUAUAAAUCGGAAAAGGUAGAGUUUUUGCUGGAUAUAGAAGACUCAGCAAAAUCUUACGAAGAGCGUGGCAAACAACGUGGAGCUACUGAGACUACAUAUGAGCAAGGUAUACGUGCACUGGCCUCCAUUGGUCGAGUACAACAAAUAGAUGCUAUAACCGAGUACAACCACAUGAAAGAUAAAUUGAAAGAGUAUUUACAAACGUUUGCUGUUAGCAAAAAAGUCGUUACUGAGGCUGACAUUAACCGUUUUUUCGAAGAGAUGCGUAACGAAAAGAACACUGCACUUGGUCAACCGUUCUUUUGUCGUUAGAUCAAUAAUCACAGAAUGUCAAAAGAAUCUCAAAAUAAUGCAAGCGCACCGGAAAGGAUUUCAUAUGCAUGGAUAAACGUUUAUUAUAUAACUACAUUUAAACAAAAUCAAUGAAUGCUGUAAUUUUAUAAUUUACACAACAACAUAUUCCAUAUUAUCAUUUACAUUCCGAACAACUCACUAAAUGUUUCCAAAUUUUCAUGCUCUAUAUUAAAAUUGUGUUGGUAUUUUUUGUGUAGUAAUAAAUUUAUUAAUAAAGGAAAAAUUAGCUUGACCUCAUAA